AUGUACGAAUCAUAUAAACCCCACCCACUCCUAGCUCAGAUACCCUUGACUGUGUCUCCCUUUAUAUCCUUACCUACAGCAACGACGCUUCCGUAUACAUAUAAAUCUGUGCCGUCCACACUUCCACCCUCAGUCGCACUCGGCCCUAACAGCUCGGAGAAGGCCCGCUAUGUCAUUUCCUCUGGGCGAGGCCAUGUUGUUCACCCUGGUAAUGUCCUAGCAUCAUGCGAGGCGCUAGAGAAAGACAUGAAUAAGAUCAGAGAAGGUAGCCUGGCUACAAUCAAAGACUGGGAGGAGUCGAUAAAACAACGCGAUUUGGCAGAAAAACGAAGAAUUGCUCCCGGAUGGCUGGACCGUGAGGAAAAGCUGCUGCAGCCAGUGAAAAUAUCCCGACCCGCGUCUGAAGCCCAUACAUCUCCCCAAUUGAGUCAGCAAUUGUCUCCGGGAGAAAAUGAGGAAACUAAUCCAGAUACGGUUUCAACAAGUGAAGGCGAAGCGCUGGUUCGUGCCUUUGGCAAUCUCGAGUGA